AUGCAGUCCACCAACGCCGUCAAGCUCGAUGGCCAAGCUCCCAGCGCUCCCGUCUUCCAGCGUCCCUCCGGGAGCGGAGGAGGCAACAAGAAGGGCACUAGCGCUGAGCGCAGAGCCACUCAUAAUGCCAUCGAACGAGCCCGCCGAGAGUCGCUCAAUGGGCGUUUCCUUCAGCUCGCCGCAUCGCUGCCGGCCAUCUCGGACGUUCGACGUCCCUCCAAGUCGCUCAUUGUCAACAAAUCGCUCGACUUUGUCGCCGAGGCCAUGAACCGAGAGGCCGUCUAUCGUCUCAAGAUCGACAACAUGCGCCACGAAAACAUGCAGCUGCGUCAACAGCUCAACGAAUUUCUCGCUCAAGCUGGUCGUGAGGCCCUCCCGCAGCCUCCCGUUGACGAGCUGCCGGUCCCUUUGGCCGAGUUGCGCAACAGGAAGCGCCAGUCCAUCGGCGGCGCUGCGGGCUCCCUUGCCGACAUGUACGAUCUCGAGGACGACGACGGCCUUUUCGUCGCCGGCAGUGAAGGAGAGGGCGGCAAGAACAGCCCCACUUCGACCUCGUCCGCUGCUUCCAGCGUGCGCGGCUCCCUUUCCGGAUCAUUGCCGACGGGAGUAGCUGGCUUCACGCCCUUGCCUUAUCCUGGCGCCUACACGCAUGUGCCCACCUUCCUCUCGGCUCCGGCCAACCCCAACGCUGCCAACAGCACUUCGCCUGGAGCUUCUUCGACUUCUGAAGAGGUCGGUUCCGGCCAACGUGGUGCUGGCUUUGUCGACCAAGCUGGUAACUGGAUGCAGCGCGGCGCUUUUGAGGGUCAGACGGCCGCCCCUGCUCAGCAGCUUACUUACUCUGGUCUGGCUUUUUCGUCGUCCAAUGCCCAUGAUGGCCUGGUUGCUUCUUCUCGUCCUGAUGUUGACGGAGUGCAGUCGUUUGCCGCUCUGCAGAACGGCCCCACUCCCAAUGGCCUGGGUCAGGGCGGACAGGCUCAGAUGUACGCGAUGGACGCCAACAGCCUUGCCCAACUCCGCAAUGCGCACCAGUUUCAGCUGCAGCAGCAGCACUACCAGUUCCAGCUCCAACUCCAGCAACACCAGCAACAGCAACCGCAACCGCAAACGUCCAACAUGGCCGCUUAUAACCCGUCGUCGCAUUUUUUUGAUGCGCCGCUGCAGUCGGCUAGCUUCAUGACUGCAGUCUGA